CCAUGGCGGCCGGAUGAUGCAUUCCACGCAUAUAUAUAUACGUGCACUAUCUAUCACGUACCAAGUCAAGAACUCAGGAACGACGCGGCACAUCCAGUAUAGCAUUGCAUUGAUCCAGUGUGUUGUAGUAGCUGCCUGCUCGAUCUUGGAGACCGGUCGAUGGACGGCGGCGGUGCCAGCGCCGACAUCGGCCCGUCUGUGCGGGUGCUCAUCGAGAGCCAGCCUAGCGGGUCGGGGUUGUUCUCGGCCACGCCGUUCGAGCCGCAGCUGUCGGACGACUCGGCGCCGCGCUCGAACCUCGAAGGCGGCGGAUCGUCCAGCCUCGACGCGGCGGCCGCCUCGUGCAGCGAGCGAGUCGACGGCGAUGGGGCAGCGACAGCGGGACCCGAGCGGAAGCUGACGCUGCUGGCGCUGCGGCUGGCGAUCCUGGAGAAGGCGGCCAGCGGGCUGGGCGCGCUGGGGUUCAUCUGGGCCACCGUGGUCCUCCUCGGGGGCUUCGCCAUCACACUCGGCAAGGACGACUUCUGGUCCGUCACCAUCAUCCUCCUCAUCGAGGGCGCACGCAUCUUCAGCCGCAGCCACGAGCUCGAGUGGCAGCACCAGGCCACCUGGUCGCUCUCCGCUGCCGGCCGCUCCAGCUUCCGCCUCGUCGCCCGCUCCUUCCGCUUCGUGUUCGGCCGCGGCGGCAGCCCCAAGAACAUGGACGCCUCGUCCAGAUGGAGCUGGAGAUUCAGGAGCUGGGGCUUCCUGUCGAGGCACGUCGGGAGGGCCUUCUACUGGCUGCAGCUAGCGUCCGCCACGGCCUGCGUCACGCUGUCGGCGGUGCGGCUCGUCAGGCAGGACUUCGGCGAAGCGGAGGACGCGCGGACUAACCGGCGAUCGGCGCUGGACAUCUUCUACGGGCUCGCGCUGGCGGAGGCGCUUCUCUUCCUCGCGGAGAAGGCGGUGUGGGAGUGGGAGGUGAGCCACGGCCGUCUGCUCGAGCGUGUCGCCAGCGAGUGCCACCUCGCUGGCGCACCGGGGCUCCUCGCCAUCCGCCGCUUCUUCUACGACGCAUACUCUCGGUGCGUCGACGGGAGCAUAUUCGACGGCCUCCGCAUGGACCUCGUCUCCUUCGCCGAGGAGCUCCUCGUGGAAGGCUCGCACGACGAGCAGCGGAUCGGCGUCGGCAUCCUCGUCAACGUCGCCGGGAGCCCACGGCUCGGUGACGCGGCGCUGCAUCGGGUCGGCACGUCGGCGGCAGUCAUGGAGCGGCUGGUGGAGAUGCUCAGCUGGAAGGGCGCGGCGGAGGCCGGGGCGAGGGCGUCCGCGGCACUUGUCGUGUCCAAGCUCGCCGGCAAGAAGCGGAACGCGCUCCGGGUCGCCGGCGUUCCAGGCGCCAUCGAGUCCGUGUCAUCGCUGCUCUACGCCGCGGACGAGGAGUGCAACCUACUCGGCCUCCUCAUCAUCAAGAAGCUCGCGCACGACCACGACAACUGCAGCAAGAUCGGCAACGCCCGGGGCCUCCUCGACAAGAUCAUCGACUUCUCCAGCAUCGGGGCAGCCGGCGCAUCAUCCACGGUCAUCACCCAGUCGCGCGCUAAAGCGGUGAAGCGGUCGCUGCAGGUGAUCAGGAUGCUCGCCGACACGACUGGGAGCACGGGGAAACAGCUGCGGCAAGAGGUGGCGGAGAUCGUGUUCACGGUCAGCAACAUCCGCGCCGUGCUGCAGAAUGCCGCCGGCCACCUGGAGCUGCAGCGGCUCAGCGCCGAGGUGCUAACCCGGCUGGCCAUGGACGAGGACGCGCGUGAGAAGAUCGGUGCCACAGGUAGUGUCAUCUCACUCCUCCUCGCCAUGUUCUUCCGGCAAGGCAUCACUGACGAGGGUGACGCCGUGCGCGUCGAGGCCGGCGAGGCGCUCGCCAUGCUGGCGCUCGACAGCGCGCACAACUGCGAGCGGAUCCUCAAUGCCGCCCCUGCCGUUGUCAGCCGCCUCAUGGAGGCGCUGAGUGACAACGCCGUCGGGAUCGGCGCGGCCAGGAUCCUCACCAACCUGUGCGCGUACACCGGCGGCGAGCGGUUCACGGAGGUUCGCGCCGUCACAACCGGCGCCGCCACGGUGCUGCGCAACAUCAUGACCAAGAAAUCGAAGCUGCUGGAGGUAUCGCUGGGCCUCGCGGCGCAGGCAGUGAGGCUCAUGGGGCCUCACGUGCUCGCCCACCACCUCGCCCGCGCCGGCGUCGUCGAGGUGGAGCUGGUCAACAGGCUGGUGCACGUGCUGGCGAGGUACAGCAGCCCUUCGAUCAAGGUGCCGCGGAUCAGACGGUUCACGGUGGAGCUCCUGAUCGGGAUGCUGAGGAUAGACUCGUCGUUCGCGGAGCUGAUGGUUGCGGCGGGGAUGGGGCGGGAACUGCGGCGCGUGGCGGAGACGACGUCGGAGCUGGAGUGCUUCCACGUGUUCUCCGGCAGCGCCGGGGUGAGCCGGCACGCGGUGAGCCUCUGCGCGCUCGUCAGCGAGGCACGGGAGCUCAUGGACAUGGACGUACGCAGCCAGUAGCCGAGCACCACGUGUGUUUGCCGUUGCGUAUAUACGAGUGUGAGCUGAAGACCAAGAUUGUCGUGUGCAUAUGAUUCUUUGGAUUUGCUAUUUCUCAUGUGCCUGAAAUUUCCUUUUACAUCAGUCAUUCUUUUUCCUUC